AUGAUUUCUGAAGGCACUGUGGCCGUUCAGAGCGAUGAGACUGUUGCAUCGCUGGGUUUAGGCAGUUGCAUGAGCUCAGGCAGCACAGUGAGACCUUGCCCACUUGGCGGCGGCCAUCCUCAGCUGCGCAGCCCUGUCCAGAACCCCGCUGGGUGCCUCGAGCUUCGCAAUUGCCCAAAACAGCUGCAGGCAACCAACCGCCCUUCAACGGCGCCUCCACGACUACAACCCCGUGCGGUGCAUGAAACUUCCAUUGCUAAUCCCCAACCCUUUGCCUCGACCAAUAGACCCAGCAUCGCCAGCAUCGCCAGCAAGCUCUCCUUUCAGUUUCCUGCCCGUAACACCACGCCGCUGCAGCCCCAGUCGCCGACCUCCCGCCUCCGCCCCACGAUAGCUUGCCCGCCCGCCUUCUGUGCCCUGAUAAAGGAGGCUCCGACAGCCACCAGCACUCGAGCUUGCCCCUCGUAA